GGGGGAGAAAAAGAAAGAGUCAUUCCGCGGGGCAUCGGAGCCUCCAGCCCUUGAAGGGAAAGGGGGCUGCUGUGGCGCCGGCGGGGGCGAGGCCCGGCUUAGGAGGCCGUCCCCGUUGCGGCGAAGGGGGCCUUCCUGCCCCGGCGAACUCCUGCCCGGCUGCCCCCUUCCCCGGCGCAGCGGCGGCUGCACCAUCGCCGGCGCCUCCCCUCAGCUUUCCCAGCCUUCCUCUCCGCGACGAAGGCGCCCGCCUGGGCCUAGCCGCGCCUGGGGGGGAAUCCCGCCCGGCUCCUUCUUCCUGCCUUCCUCUCAGGCCCGCCUCGGCCUAGUCCGGGCAAGCCAUGUGAGCGAGCCUCCCUCGCCCGCUCCGUCUCCCUCGGCCCCGGCGGCUGCUCCGGGGAUGCUCUUACUGGCCGUGGGCGACGCCGACGCCGCCUCAGCCGCCGGCCCCAGCCCCGCCAUGGAGCCCCCCAACCCGGCGCUGGUCAUCCGCAUCCGCGUCCCGGACGGCGGCGCCGUGGACUGGACGGUCCACCCGGCGCCUCAGCUGCUCUUCAGGGACGUCCUGGAUGUGAUCAGUCAGGUUCUGCCUGAUGCGACGACAACAGCCUUUGAAUAUGAAGAUGAGGACGGUGAUAGGAUUACUGUUCGAAGUGAUGAAGAAAUGAAAGCGAUGCUGUCCUAUUAUUACACCACAGUCAUGGAACAGGAAGUAAAUGGACAGUUAAUAGUGCCUCUGCAGAUCUAUCCAAGAGCCUGCAAACCUCCAGGGAAACGGAACAUACAUGGCCUGAAGGUAAAUACGCGAGCAGGGUCUGCUAACAAUAGUGGCGCAGCCGUCCCGGACUCCCUUCCAAGCAAUAGUUUGAAGAAGUCUUCUGCAGAACUGAAGAAAAUAUUAGCUAAUGGCCAGAUGAAUGAACAAGACAUACGGUAUCGAGACAUCCUCGGUCAUGGCAAUGGAGGAACCGUCUACAAAGCAAACCAUGUCCCCAGUGGGAAAAUACUAGCCGUAAAGGUGAUCCCUUUAGAUAUUACACUGGAACUUCAAAAGCAGAUUAUGUCGGAGUUAGAAAUUCUUUACAAGUGUGAUUCGUCCUAUAUCAUAGGAUUUUAUGGUGCUUUUUUUGUAGAAAACAGGAUUUCCCUUUGUACUGAAUUCAUGGAUGGGGGCUCUUUGGAUGUCUACAGGAAAAUUCCAGAACACGUACUGGGAAGAAUAGCCGUAGCAGUUGUUAAAGGCCUUACAUAUUUAUGGAGUUUAAAAAUUUUACAUAGAGAUGUGAAGCCCUCAAAUAUGUUGGUGAACACAAGAGGCCAAGUCAAGUUAUGUGACUUUGGGGUCAGCACACAGCUGGUGAAUUCCAUAGCCAAGACGUAUGUCGGGACAAAUGCUUAUAUGGCGCCAGAACGCAUUUCAGGAGAGCAGUAUGGAAUUCAUUCUGAUGUUUGGAGCCUAGGGAUUUCCUUCAUGGAGCUUGCUCUCGGGAGGUUCCCGUAUCCUCAGGGGUGGACGCUGAACAUCAGAGAGCAUGGUGAGCCAAGUGAGUUCGUGGUACAGAUUCAGAAAAACCAGGGAUCUUUAAUGCCCCUCCAGUUACUCCAGUGCAUUGUUGAUGAGGAAUCGCCUGUCCUUCCGGUUGGGGAGUUCUCAGAGCCGUUUGUACACUUCAUCACUCAAUGCAUGAGAAAGCAGCCAAAGGAACGCCCAGCCCCUGAAGAGUUAAUGGGCCACCUCUUCAUCGUCCAGUACAAUGAUGGGAAUGCUGAGGUCGUCUCCAUGUGGGUCUGCCGGAUGUUAGAGGAGAGGCGUUCGCAGCAGCAGCAGCAACAGCAGCAGGGAUCUCAGUGAGCCAAAGGGAUGCUGAAUGUCUAAAGGACAGAGACUCUGGUGUCAUCCAAAGCCCAUGCGGGGUUUUUAUGCUUUGGCAGAAGACUUUGAUGAAGGCAUGGUGACUUUUUUAUUCAAGGAAUACCUUCCCCUCCCCUCCCCCAUUAUCAUCACACUGUUUCCUGAAACAUUAAGAAAAUAUUAUAUAUUUUAUUAAACUUACUGUAUAUUUCUUGG